AUGGACGGUGGCGACACCGAGAAGGCCGUCAUGGAAAACAUCAGACGUCAGACAAAGGAGAGUUACCGAAGAAGACGCUCUCGAGGAGGCUCUGGCGCCGCCGCCAAAUCUCGCCUCGCGAGGCGCGAACUUGCCCCGAGCACGUCCAAGUCCAUCUCGACCUCGCCCUCCUCGCCUUUGCGUCCGCUAGGAGGAACCUCAACCUCGUCGCCGUCAUCGGUUUGGCCGCAGGAUAAACUUACGCCGUCGGACCAUGGCAUCGAUCUUGCUCAGCGUCACCAAAGCUCGAUUUGGGGCACAAGUCAGGACACGCUCGGCGCAUACCUUGUUGCACGCCUCGCAAGAACUGAACCGCCGAGCCCAAACUCGUUCGACCCGCUGGUGGUCGCGGACCGCAAUUACUCCGUCCCUACCUCACCAAACACGUCCCUGAGUACCUCUUCUCUCCCAUUCGACGUCCAAGAGAUCAACCUAGUCAUGUACUACCUCGACCACAUAUUCCCCCGACUGUCCCCUUACUUCCAGUACUACGCGGGAGACACCGGCCGAGGCUGGCUUCUCAACCUCUUCCUGCGGAACAAGCCACUGUGCAACGCUGCCGUCUGCCUGAGUGCGUGCGACAAGGCCCAGUUCGUGCUGGGACCCUUGAGCGACAUCCCGCAACCGUACCAUGAACUGGAAAUGCAGCAUUUGCGGAGCGUGGCAGACCUGCGCGACCAUCUCGACCAGGUGUCCAAGAAGACGGGGGCCAGUCAGGUGGCGGCAGGCGUCGAGGCGCUGGCUUGUAUCAUACAUAUGAUUUUCUUCGAGGUUGGUUUCAACUCACCGUCAUUACUCUACAUUCUCUGCACCAAAUUGACCACUUUUCAGCUUUGGAUUCCACGAAAAGGCCUCAUGAACGACUGGGUCAUGCACCUGGACGCAGCCAGCGCGCUGUUAUCCUCGCUUGACUCGUCGCCGUCGCUCAUGUCUGAAACAUCCCCCGCUUCCGACAUCUCCCAAAGCCACGAAUACCCGUCGCCGUCGCAAUGUAACAUCCCGACCGAGCUCCUGUCCGAAGGCGAGAAGCUGGCCUUUGACUUUUUCCUCGACUUCUACAUCUCCUGCUUCAUCACCGCUGUCGCGACCCUGGGUCUCACGCCGCAAUCUGCCCGGUCGAUCCGGAGGGUGCGCGCGUUGUGCGAUCAAAACCCGACGAGGUUGUGGGACCGACGCGGAUGCGACGACACGGUCAUGCUCACGCUCCUCGACAUCGCCAUCCUCAAGGACUGGAGACUGAGAAAAUCUCGCAGUGGGACACUCAGUCUGCGAGAACUGACCCGCCGCGCCGAGCCGAUCGAGAGUCUACUUCACGAGGGCGUCGCCAAGUUCGCCGCGACCACCAGUCCACAAUCCCCGGCGCCUGCGAGAUUCUCGUCCUGCGUGGACGAAGAAAAACGCAUGGUCACAAACAUCUACGUCAAUGCGGCGCUGUUGUUCCUGCACGUCGUCGUGUCGGGCUUCCACCCCAACAUCCCCGAGAUCCGCCAGGGGGUGCUCCGCACGCUCGACGCACUCGAGUACAUGCGCGAGCACUCGUCGCACAAUUUCCCCUCGUGGCCCUACUGCGUCGCGGGCUGUCUGGCGCUCGAGUCCGAGUAUUCCCGGUUCCGGGCCCUGGUGCCGCCGAACGAACAGGGCAAACACCCGCUGGUGCUGUCGAUCUGGACGCUCGAGAUCAUCGAGGAGUGUUGGAGGAUUCGGGCGGCGCAGAGGCGGCAGCACCUGGAAGGCGGGGAGGAGUCUUGUGAUUGGGUAGCCGCCAUGAAUCAGCUGGGGACGCGACUCCUUCUUCUAUAA